AUGGAGGACAACUGGAAAGGUAUCAAAGAAACAUUAACUUCAACGUGUCAAGAGGUUCUGGGCCUCAAGCAGUAUCAUCAUAAGGAAUGGAUCUCUAUAGAAACACUGGACAGGAUCAAAGAAAGGAAGAACAAGAAGACAGCAAUUAACAACAGCCGAAUACGAGCAGAGAAAGUCCAAGCACAAGCUGAAUACAUAGAAGCAAACAAGCAAGUGAAGAGGAGCAUUAGAACCGACAAGAAGAAGUACGUGGAAGAACUAUCAACGACGGCAGAAAAAGCUGUUAGAGAAGGAAAUAUGAAACAGCUUUACGAUACAACGAAGAAACUAGCAGGGAAAUAUAG